AUUUUCUUCGUCAAACUCGUACGGACGAAUACUCCGCUGAAUCAAUAGUAAUAGAACCUCGUUGGUUUCUGAGACAGCCAGAGCCACCUUCGGAUCUGAGAGAUCGCCACGCACGCACGCACGCUUCCUUUGAUUUUGUCUUCCGCUUCGUCAUUUCCUAUUCUCAGCUUCCAAUUCUCCUCCUCCUUCUUCUAAUUCUACUUCUUUUCGAGGGUUUUCGUUCCUCUGUGCCUGAUUGAUCCCUAAUUCGAUACCAUGCGGAAGAAGCUCGAUACCCGUUUCCCCGCUGCUCGGAUAAAGAAGAUAAUGCAAGCAGAUGAGGAUGUCGGAAAGAUAGCGUUGGCAGUUCCUGUUUUAGUUUCUAAAGCUCUGGAGUUAUUUUUGCAAGAUCUUUGUGACCGCACUUAUGAAGUAACCCUUCAGAGAGGAGCAAAGACCAUGAAUUCAUUGCAUUUGAAACAUUGUGUACAAAGUUAUAGUGUUUUUGACUUUCUAAGAGACAUUGUCAGCAGAGUUCCUGACUAUGGGCAUGGCCAUGGCCAUGGCCAUUCAGAGGCUGGAGCUGAUGAUCGUGCACUUCCAAAGAGAAGGAAAGCUGUUGGUGACGACGGCAAUGACAGUGAUGAAGAGGCUAAGAGGAGUAAGAUGCGUGAGCUGGGCCACACUGGCACUCCUGGUAGGGGAAGAGGCCGAGGUAGAGGAAGAGGCCGUGGCCGAGGGGCUCGAACUAUUGAAAGAGAUAUCUGUCAUCAGCAGGUUGAAUCCGAGCCUUGCACCUCUAUUCUGCAAAGUAGCAAUGAUAUUCCUAACACUAGUGUGCCAAUAGAUAAUGGUCCACAAUCCAAGGAGUUACCAAAGGAGAACUUUGUGAUUUCUGAGGAAAGUACUCAAUCUUUCCGCAACAUUGAUCUGAAUGCUAACUUAAAUGAAAACGAAGACAAAAAUGCUGGCACAGCUGUUCCGGCUUCAUUGCCUGAGCCCACUUCCAUGGACACUGCCAUGGAGAUUAAACAUGAAGAAAUUCCAGGCUGGUCCCUAUCUGAUGUGGACAAGAUGGGCAUUGACACUAUGCAGCUUGCAAACCUAGGUAGUCGACUAGAAGAGGACGAAGAAGAUUAUGACGAGGAAGGGUAAAUAACAUACACUUUGGGGGAUUAACUCUGCUGGAAGCUCAUGGUAACAGUAGCAGAGUAAGUACGUACUAGUGCUAUGAUGACUAGCCUCUAGUACUGUAUGUCUCCCAUGCAAAGUAUCUGAUAACCCUCUCUCUUCUUUGUCUAUUCUGGUUUGUAUCUGUUCUCAUGUAGCUAGCAGAUGUAGCUUUUCUCUUAAUAGAAAUGUUAGCCUCAUGCACUUUUAGAUUUAAAUGGAUGUUGUUAGUUGACAACCACCUUGCUAGUUCAGGAUCAAACUCUUCGUAAAGCUUGGUUAUUAGCUGAAUUAAUCAUGUUGGGUUAUUCAAGAUA